AUGGCUAACAAAAAUCUGGGAAAUAAGUUAUUGGCUUAUAUAAUUGAUGAAGAUACCUUCAGCGUCACUACAGACAAUGGGAUAGCAAUGAUCCAUCUUCGAAGAAAAAUGUAUUUGUGUCGAGAGUUUGAUUUGGACAAAAUACCUUGUCAACACGCUAUGGAAGAGCUCGGGCAUAAAUUUGGAGAUGAAUAUGGCAAGACGAUUUACAAGUUUUCCUCUGCAUAUUAUAAGGUAGAGUCAUAUAUACUUGCAUAUCCAGAUUCAAUUUAUUUGGCACCAACUGAAGAAUUUUGGAAUCUUUCUCCAGAAAUUUUAGGGAGAGUAAUACCUCCACCUGAAAAGAAAACUAAGCCGGGAAGAAAGCGGAUGAAACGAGCACCUACUAUAGGAAAAGUCGUUUCAAAGAAGAGAAAUAAAUGUUCUUUAUGUAAAAGAUUUGGACACAAAAAAACCACAUGUCCUACCUGA